AAAGGUUUGCCUCUUGGUUCGUUGACAUAAAAAACGAUCAAGAUGAACCGUAUAUAAAAGUUGAAGGAACGCUGGGACUAACAUUUAUUCAAGUGCUUCGGUCCCAGCCACCAACACACAAAACAUGAAGCUACUUCUAGCUACAGCAACAAUAAUAACACUACUACAACCUUAUUCCGCAAGCCCUGCUCGAAUUGUUUGUUACUUCAGCAAUUGGGCUAUAUACCGGCCUGGGGUUGGGCGAUAUGCCCAAGAGGACCUUCCUGUUGACUUAUGCACCCACAUAGUGUACUCUUUUAUUGGUGUAAAUGACGCAGAUUGGAGUGUUUUGGUCAUAGAUCCUGAGCUGGAUGUUGACCAAAAUGGCUUCCGCAACUUCACCAAUUUGAAAAAAACGCACCCCAAAGUGAAAUUCCAAGUCGCAGUCGGGGGUUGGGCCGAGGGGGGCUCAAAAUACUCGGCCAUGGUGGCGGAAAAGUCGCGCAGAGGGGCUUUUAUCAGGAGCGUCAUCACUUUCAUGAAUCAAUACGAGUUUGAUGGGUUUGAUCUUGAUUGGGAAUACCCCGGGGCGGCUGACCGUGGGGGUAGUUUCAGUGAUAAGGAUAAAUUCUUUUACUUUGUGGAGGAGUUGAGACGGGCUUUUGAUAAGGAAGGGAAAAAUUGGGAAAUCACAAUGGCGGUCCCCAUUGCCAAAUUCCGAUUACAGGAAGGUUAUCACGUCCCGGAAUUAUGCGAGUUGUUGGAUGCCAUUCAUGUAAUGUCAUAUGAUUUGAGAGGAAACUGGGCCGGAUUUGCGGACUCUCAUAGUCCCUUGUACAAGAGACCUCAUGACCAAUGGGCUUACGAAAAAUUGAACGUCAACGAUGGGUUACAACUUUGGGUUGAUUAUGGAUGCUCCCCUAAAAAACUAAUCGUUGGAAUACCCUUCUAUGGCCGUACUUUCACCCUUAGUAACAGUAAUACCAACUACAACCCUGGAACUUACAUAAAUAAAGAAGCAGGGGGUGGAAACCCGGGACCUUACACUAACGCCACCGGUUUUCUUGCUUACUACGAGAUUUGUCCCGAAAUUUUGAACAAGGAGAGCGGUUGGACCAAAAAAUGGGACGAGCAGGGUAAAGUCCCUUACGCGUACAAAGGCAACCAAUGGGUGGGGUACGAGGACCCUGAAAGCGUUCAAAUCAAAAUGGAUUGGAUCAAAUCGAAGGGUUAUGGUGGUGCGAUGACUUGGGCUAUUGACAUGGACGACUUCCAUGGCCUUUGUGGUCCCAAAAACCCUCUUAUUAAUAUUCUUUAUGCUAAUAUGAACUCGUAUUCGGUCCCAGAACCUACCUUUUCGACAACUCCUAGGCCUGAAUGGGCCCGGCCUCCCAGUACUCCAUCUGCUGAUGGUUCAAAGCCAGUACAAACAACCCCAAAACCGGGGCAAUGGGUGCCUGAUGAGGCAACUUCGAGUACUCAGAGGACUACGACGGUGAGUACGACUGAGGCUUCACCACCACCAGUUGUCUCAAAUCCGCAAAAUGAAGUUGAUGGGGCUGUAGCCCCCAAAGAGUGUAAACAGGACUUUAUGCCUCAUGAGCUUUGUGAUAAGUACUAUCGAUGCGUACAUGGGAAACCCACGGAAUUUGCAUGCAGACCAGGGACAGUUUUCCAUACUCAGAGCAAUAUUUGUGAUUGGCCAGAACAUGCCGAUCGUGAAAAGUGCAAAAAGAUUGAACAAUAAAGUUUUGACUGAUUUUAUGUACUUAAGAUAUCUUAUGUAUUAUUUUUAUUUGAAAUAAAAAAAAUUUCGAUA